AAUGCUCGUGCGCUCAUCGUAAGAGAGCUGGGAGGGCCUUUCACCUUCGAGAAUGUCAUUGUUGACGAUAUACGGUCUGAUGAAGCUCUCGUCAAGAUUGAAGCCUCAGGUAUCUGUCGCACAGAUUUACACUGUGCAGCUGGUCAUCGUCCAGUGCAAACUCCUGCUGUCUUUGGGCACGAAGGUGCGGGCACUGUGCUAGAAGUAGGCGAAAACGUGACAGGGAUCCAGCCCAGCGACAAAGUCUUGCUCAGUUACUCUAUCUGUCGAACCUGCAAACAAUGUUGUUCUGGAAAUCGAGCGUACUGCGAAAAGAUACUCGCGCUCAACUUUAGUGGCAAACGACAAGAUGGCUCCAGUCCUUUGACUCUACCAGAUGGAAAAGCUCUAUUCAGCAACUUCUUCGGUCAAAGCUCAUUCUCUAGCCUGGCAAUCGUCAAUGGAUCCAGUCUAGUCAAGGUUCCUUCAGACACUCCUUUGGACCUUUUUGCAACGCUGGGCUGCAGCAUGGAGACUGGAGUGGGCGCAAUCUUCAACACGCUUGAUGUACAGCCAGGGUCGACCGUAGCAGUCUUUGGUGUAGGCUCUCUUGGACUAUAUGCGAUCAUGGCAUGCAAGCUUCGACAAGCAAGAGAGAUUAUCGCGGUCGACAUCCAGCCAUCACGUCUUGAGCUUGCGAAAGAGCUAGGAGCGACCGCCACUAUCAACAGUUCAGAAGGAGACGUGGCAGAGCAGAUUCGGGAGUUGUGCGGCACGAAUGGCGUUGAGAAAGCGCUUGAUUGCUCCGGGGUUGCAAAGAUUAUCGAAACAAUGAUUGACUCUCUGGGAACCCGAGGGAAAGCUUGCUCUGUAGGCUCUAACGCAGAUACACACAUUAGCAUAGAUGUGCAUAAGCAUUUCGUCAAGGGCACGCAAUAUGUCGGCAGUCAUCAGGGCGAUUCGGAUCCUCAGAAGAUGGCUCCAUUGCUUCUGAAGGAGCACUCGCUCGGAAGACUACCUCUGCACAAGGUUACGACCUUUUACAAAGUAAAUGAGUUUCAGCGUGCACUCGACGACGUCGAAUCGGGCAAGACUGUGAAAGCUGUUUUGACCUGGUGA